AUAUAAAGCCCCUCUCCACAACCUUGUUAGACCUUCUUUCGCCCACUUUCGGUUUCACACCUAUUGAUUGAUUUGCGUUUAAUUGCUGCAGAUACUGUUUGGAUUUGGAUCUACACAUACUUUGGAUUCUUCAUUAACCCAUUGAAUUAGGGUUUCACAAAUAGUUUAUAUGUUAGCUUCCAAUUCUUCAUGACCCUCAUGCGUCGAAUUCGUAUUAUGCACUCUUUCUCCGUAGUCUUCCUGUACUGGUUCUACGUGUUUUCAUGAACUAGCCCCCCUCACACCUUGUUUUCCUGUCCAGUUUGUUAUAGAAAUUCCAUAAUUAGAAAACCCUAACUCGCAAAACCUAGCAAGAAAGCAGUAGUGACCUCCCCCUUUUUUGAAUUUCAAUAGUUGUCUGAUUAGCCUCUGAUUGGAACGAUACACAAGACAUGGCUUCGACACAGCAACCAGCUAGUUCAGGUUCUGAUGGCCAACGUUAUGCCACGAAUGACGAUAGAAAACGGAAGAGAAUGGAGUCCAACCGUGAAUCUGCAAGGCGGUCACGGAUGAGGAAGCAGCAGCAUUUGGAGGAGUUGAUGAGCCAAAUGACACAGCUACAGAAUCAGAACGUUCUGUGGCGCGAGAAGAUUGAUGCUGUGGGAAGAAACUACCUGACCCUCAAUGCGGAGAACAAUGUCUUGAGGGCUCAAAUGGCAGAACUGACUGAACGCUUGGAUUCUCUCAAUUCGCUCACUCGUUUCUGGGCUGAUGCUAAUGGACUAGCUGUGGAUAUCCCUGAAAUUCCAGACACUUUGCUUGAGCCCUGGCAGCUUCCUUGCCCAAUUCAACCUAUCACUGCGUCUGCUGAUAUGUUGCAGUUUUGAGCUACAGCUCUGCAGUUCUGAACUACUCCGCUCUUAGCUUGAAUUCUUGUUUAAUCAGGUGUUGUUUGGCUCUUGGAUUGGAAUUUCCGGUCCUUAGUGAAAGUGUUGUUAGGGUUGCUUACAUUAUCCUUUUUGCAGUCGGUCACCUUUCUUUGUUUAUUGUCAAUGUGUGUGUCAGUAACUUCUGUUUGUAUUUGGUGUUAGUUUGGGUAUUGUUGGUACUCCAAUGUUUAGCUCUGGUGGGUUAGCAGUUUCUAGCGCUGUGUCAAUGAUCUUUGCUCUCUAGUUUUAUAAAUAAAUCUUUUAUGUGAAGGAGAAUGGCCAUUGUU